AUGAACGUGCGUGAAGAGUUUCGAAAACUGGAGAAAAGUUUUUUUACAAUACGAGAACUGAUGAGUAUUAUGGAGGAGAAAAAGUUUUUUUCUCACGGGGAAGAGGAUAUUCAGUUUGUGACUAAGAUGCAAGCUUUUGUUAUGAGGAUGGACCCAUUUGGUUGCAUAAUAUGGGUCUAUGUCGGUCAAUAUUUUGACUCAGUUAGGAUCUUGAGAUAUAUCAUGGAGCAGCUCACACAAAAGGAAUGCAACUUCUCGGACCUUAAUGCCCUCCAGAACAGUCAGAGACCUAGCCCAGCUCGUAUUCGACGACUACUGGAGUAUGGUGCCCAGGAUUGGGAUACCCUUGUGCUGCCAUUGGAAUCAACUGCAUAUGGCAGCUUUGUCAUUGUGACCACAAGAAGCUCGAAAAUGGACAGAGUACAAGCGGGGUUCCUAUCCGACCAUGACUGCUGCGGAUUGGUCGAACAAAUAGCCGUCCCGAGUUUUAAUAUCCCAGAUGAAAUAAGGAGUGUUAUUGAAAGCAAGUGUGGAGGCUUGCCUCUUGCGGCCACAUCUCUUGGCACUGUGCCAAGUUCGGCAGUCACCACCCAAUUAAAAUGGGAGUUCGUGUUACGCGACGAUACGUGGGAAACGCCACAAGGUAGGAUUGUGCUUGAUAGUCUAUCUGGAGAAGGAACAACUUUUGUUGAGGAGUUACCUACAACUCCCAUAUCCUCAGCGCCGUUGUUUCCAAUAUUGUGCUAUGUUCCCGGAUUCCCACAUUUUUAA